AUGGACUUUGAAUCUUCAAACAAGAGACCGCGCGAGGAAAACGACCAAGGGUUUGACGGCCAUGGGCGUCCCCAAUUCCAAGAUUUUGAAGCAAAGAGACAACGCAUAGAUCCAGCGCAGGAGUUGAUCAACAAUGUUUGCAAAGACAUUAGGAGGCUAGGAGAGAAUCCCAACCUUGGAGCACAGAUUGAUGAUGUCAACUACAUUUCCAACCCCAUCGUGGCGGAAUUUGAAAAGAUUGAUGCCUUGCGGAAUGCCAUAUUAACCACUAUUCAUUCCAUCAUUAUCGAACAACCACACAAGAUUAAUGCCAUCUGCAACUUGGUGUUCAUUUGCAAUGCCAAAAACUUCGUCAUUGCCAAAUACGUCAUUGAGUAUUUACACGCCAAGAUCCAGCUCUACUUGGACUCCGUCAGCGGAGUCGUUAGUCUUGCACAGGAAAAGAGAGAAGAUGCUGGAGCGUUCAACAGUAUCAAGAGCAUUCUUAAGUUCUUGAGUGCACUUUCGCCCAUCAUUGACGAUUAUGCUAUAAUCAACGUGUUUACCCAGUUUCUCCAGUAUGCCAUUGACUUGCAAACGCAAUCGGGCGACAAGAGGCAUGGGAUCGCUCAAGAAAUAUAUUACAACACCUUGAUCUCGGUGCCAUAUUUGCUCAGCAACGACAAGUCGGAGGAAAUACGAGGACACAUGAACGACUUGAUCGAGUUGGCCGAGAAAUUCCCCAUUGUGGAGCCAGAAUCGCACAAGAUGUUGCAGCCAUUCGACACCAAGAUGGAAAACCUCGAGAUUCCAUAUGAGCCAAAGAAGUUGAUUGACUUGAUUCUCCCGUCGUUGAAAGUUUUGCAAGAAAAUGACUGGCAAUUGACGCUAUUCUUGGACUUUGAACCGUUUUUGCAGCCAAUAUUGCAAACUGCAUUGGAGAACAAUUCAAUCUCCAAGGAUGUCAUCAAGCACAAGUUGCCGCAAUUCUCAUUGCCAGCGUUUGAAAAAGUGCAAGUUUACAAACCGUCAACCGAGGAAAGUAUUGACAAGGUUUGGCAGCAGAACCUGAGGCUUUUGUUUCAAGUUUACAACCAAAACACCGAAUUUGAAACGGUGCCACCUAUCGAGUCCUACGUGGGUUUAUUUUUCAAGGAUAUGUCCUUUGACAUAUUGACGAACUUAUCCUUCAACAAGAAUGAAGCUGCAAUACAACUUGCUGUAUUGGACUUGUUCUUUAGCGCAGACUUGUUCACUCCAGUGGGGACGUCGAUUGAGCAGUUGAACAUGAUCAACGAUGACAACAAAAGCGGGGAAAAUGACCCGCCGUUGUCGACGUGGAAAAUGGAAGAUGUCGCGGUGGAGAGUAUCUUGACCAUGAUUUUCCAGCUCCCAAGAACGCUACAUCGGGAAAUUUACUACUACACUGUUUUGAUCGCGUGUUGUAAAGAGAGUCCCGAAUCGAUGGCCCCCGUGUUUGGUAGAGCCAUUCGAUACUUCUAUGCCAACUUGCAAACACUAGAUUACGAAUUAAAAAUCCGUUUUUUGGACUGGAUGACGACCCAGAUUUCAAACUUUGAAUUCAGCUGGAAAUGGGAGGAAUGGGUUGAGGAUUCACAACAGUUGAGCGAAUUGAAAUACCAUCCAAAGAAAAAUUUCAUAAAGAAUCUCAUUGCCAAGGAGAUUCGAUUAUCAAACAAGAAAAGGAUCAGGGAAAGUUUCAUUGACGUUGUCGACGGCGAGGUGGUGAACUAUGAGGAGUUUUACCAGUACUUGAACAUUGCCUUGUUUUCAGACGUUUCCAAUUACAUCAUCAACUACGACGCUGCCUUGUAUGGCGAUCUGCCCGAGAUCAAGGCCAAAUUGACCGAUUUGUACAAUGCAAAGCAAGCCUCGCUACAAGCUAAAUCAAACGUGAGUUUCCAAGAUGAGAUUUUUUACAAUUUUACAAACCCGGCCCUUCCUUAUCACGAACUUGGAACUAGAGUCUAUCAGUUUGUCAUGUCUCAUCACAAAUCAAAUAAAGAGUUUAACGAUUUGUACAACUCCAUCAUUGAAGACGUGUCCAAACCACAGAUGGUCGUGGACCAAGAGAUGCGUGAUGCUGAUGAUGCCACAGCAGAAACUCAAGCUGGAGCCGAAGCCGGAGCUGAAGCUGAAACCGAAGCUGACGACAACGCCAACGCCAACGAACCUCACUCUGUUGAAGUGCUGAUAUCGGAACCGGUCAAGUUUGCAAUUAACCUCAUUAUUCAAACUUACUGCUACAUUGGUUCCAGAUCGAUAUACUCCGAAGUGAGUAUCUUGAGCAGAGACGUGGAGAAAUUGAAAUUCCUUAGCGGGCAAAAGCUAGAGACAAAGGAAAAGCAAUCGUCGCUGUCUGCGGGCGAAGGAGAAGCCAACUUUGAAGAUUUGCAAUUAGAGGAGGAGACCAUCAAGGAUAGACAGAACUGGAUCAUCGAUGCCGUGUUUAGAAUCUGGGUGCACCAGCCUCAAGUGGUAUUCUUGAUCUUGGAAAACAUGAUUGAGUUUGGUAUCAUCAAGUCGGAAUACUUGUUAGUCAAGGCUUUCAAAGCCAAUCUCAUUAUCGAUAAUGUCUCAUGUAUGGAGUCAGUCAAUCGGAUCUUGGAAAAUAGCAAACCCGAGGAGUUAAAGUAUUCCAUCAAUGUUCUCUUCCGAGAAAUCGUCAGCAAAUUGAACAAGUUGGAUUUGGGAGUCAACGAUGUGGUCAAGAUUGACGAAUUGGAAGGAACCAAUGCAACUGAAGUUGACAAGCAAUGGCUAUUUUACGAAUACUUGGGUCUCUUGAAGUCCUAUUUCCGGAAAUUCAUCAAGUCGUCACAAGACGUUGACGAAGGAGGAGAGGAGUUGCAAGAGUUUGUGGAAAAGAUCAAGACGGUGUUUAAUGACUUGCAAAACAUUCCAACAAGAAUCAACAUCUUGUCGUGGUUCAACGAAUUGAUCAAUUGA